UUGAACAAACAAGUCGAUCAACUAAAACUACUUAGACCACGAUUAACGGUGGUUCUUAAAGGGGGUCUUAGGUUAAUUUGCAAUUAAAAAAAAUUAUGAAUUAACUUAAGCGUCGGGUCUUAAUUAGGCGAAAGAAGGAUCAGCUCUUGGAGGACAUGUGUUGUCGUUUGCAUGACUUUGUCUAACGGAUCUCUCCACCAAAUCCGUCGCCGCCCUCCAGAAACUCUCCUUCCUCGCUGCGGCGUCGGCAUGGCUUGGGCGGCCUUCCACGCCGUGGAGGUCGUUUCCUCAUCUCGAUUCGCGCAUAAGAGGAUCGGUUACCACGCGAUUGCUCAGUCGUUCAACAAUCAGACGCCGGUUCUGCUUAUGAUCACGAACCAGCUCAGGAAGGAAACAGUUCGAACGAGUACGAGAGAGCCUGAUGCGCUCCUUAUCAUUGGUUUGCCAAACGGUCCUGCUGCUCAUUUCAAGUUGUCAUAUCUUGUUCUAAGGAAGGAUAUCAAGAACCAUGAAAACCUUACAAGCCAUGAACCGGAGCUGGUUUUAACAACUUCACAACUCGUUUAGGAAACUGUGUUGGGAGGUUUUUUCAAUCACUCUUUCCUCAAGAACCUAACUUCCGUGGUAGGAGAGUUGUAACGUUCCAUAACCAGCGUGACUUUAUAUUUUUCAGACACCAUCGUUACAUAUUGGACAUAAAGAAAGACAAACAAAGUGGUGCGAAAGGAAAAAAAGGUGUUGCUAAAGAGAGAGUGAAGGAUGCUAGACUGGAGCUAGUUUGGGUUUCUAGAGCGCUGCUUAUUGAUCCUACUUUGCUUGGUAAAUUUUUUUUUUUUCUUAAGAGCAUCUUUAUCCAAGGAUACCAGAGGGGUUCUUAGCAUGUGGGUUCCGCGUAGGACCCAUUUUUUUUUUAAGAAACCGGUUACCAAAACUACCAAAUAGUAGUUGGUCCUUAAGGGUUUCUUACACUGUUCACGGGCUCCACUGACACGCGGCGGACCGCAAUUGGUUCGUUUUUAAUUUUUUUUCUAAAUUCGAAAAAUUAAAAAAAAAAAAAAAUUAAGAAACCACAUUUGGGAUUUCUGGGAUAAUGAUGCUCUAAGAACUUUUUAUUUAAGAACCUACCAUUGGAGCAACAAAACUAAAUGUUUCUUGACAAAAGUUCUUAAUAUACAUUUAUUACUAAAAUAUUCAUUAAAAACCCUUAAUGGGGUUCUAUGGUUAAUCAUGAUAUCAGCAUCUUUCAAUUUCAACAUUGUCCUUUUUUAAC